GUUACAGCCUGUUACAGCACUCAUCGCACUCAGACCCCACCGCACCAGCAGCAUGUCUCUCGCCAGAGCGGCUGGCGCCGUCCUCAGGCCCAGGCAGAUAGCCAGCCCCCUCCUCCGAACCCGCUCUGCGUCCUCGCACGCUCAUGACGAGCAUCACGACGAUGGCCACGGCGAGGCGCACGAUGCGACUACCUAUCCGAAGGAGGACUUCUCGGGUCCCUUCUGGAGGCGAUUUGUCCUCUUCAGCCUCGGCGUCGUAGGCUUCUACAAGUUUGCGCCUUCCCAAGACGAGGACAACGUGCUCACGCGUGCGAUGGCGUCGUUUUCGACCCCGAGCGAGGUGUGGCAGAAGCUGAGCUUCAAGCACUUGGUGCAGUCGGUGGAGGUGUCAGAAGAGAGCCUGCUCAUUGCGGGCGCACAGCGUGCGCCCGUGCAUCGCUAUCGCUACACACAACGCUUUGAGCAGAUCUCGCCGCAUUUGCACCCGGUCGGGCUCGCUGUGGAUGUUAGCGAAGUUGAGGUCAAGAACGUGUAAAGCCAUCUCAUAUAAUGUCAUUCGUGCUCGUGCAGUCCCAGGACGCCCGCGUUCUGUACGAGUGCUGUGGGUUUCUGG